AUGGUGACGCUGGUGGAGGACAGCAAGGUGCGGGUGGUGGUGCGGGUCCGGCCCCCCACCCUGCGGGAGUUGGAGAGUCAGCGGCGGCCUGUGGUUCAGGUGGUGGAUGAGCGGGUGCUGGUGUUUGACCCUGAGGAGCCCGACAGGGGCUUCCUUGGCCUGAAGUGUGGCAGCACCCGUGAUGGCCCCAAGAAGAAGGGCAGAGACUUGAUGUUUGUCUUUGACCGGAUCUUUGGUGAGGGGGCCACUCAACAGGAUGUGUUCCAGCACACCACCCACAGCGUUCUGGACAGCUUCCUCCAGGGCUACAACUGCUCAGUAUUUGCCUAUGGGGCCACGGGGGCUGGGAAGACACACACCAUGCUGGGAAGAGAGGGCGACCCUGGCAUCAUGUACCUGACGACCAUGGAACUCUACAGGCGGCUUGAGGCCCAUCAGGAGGAGAGGCGGUUUGAGGUGCUCAUCAGCUACCAGGAGGUGUACAAUGAGCAGAUCCACGACCUCCUGGAGCCCAAGGGGCCCCUUGCCAUCCGGGAGGACCCCGACAAGGGUGUGGUGGUGCAAGGACUCUCCUUCCACCAGCCCACCUCAGCUGAGCAGCUGCUGGAGCUGCUGACCAGGGGGAACCGCAACCGCACACAGCACCCGACCGACGCCAAUGCAACUUCGUCCCGCUCGCACGCCAUCUUCCAGAUCUUCGUGAAGCAGCAGGACCGGGUUCCAGGCCUGACUCAGGCCCUUCGAGUGGCCAAGAUGAGCCUGAUUGACCUGGCCGGUUCAGAGCGGGCCUCCAGCACUCAUGCAAAGGGGGAGCGGCUGCGGGAGGGUGCCAACAUCAACCGUUCCCUGCUGGCCCUCAUCAAUGUCCUCAACGCCCUGGCCGACGCGAAGGGCCGCAAGUCUCACGUGCCCUACCGGGACAGCAAGCUGACCCGUCUGCUCAAGGACUCCAUCGGGGGCAACUGCCACACGGUCAUGAUCGCUACCGUCAGCCCCUCCAGUCUGACCUAUGAGGACACCUACAACACCCUCAAGUAUGCCAACCGCGCCAAGGAGAUCAAGCUCGCGCUUAAGAGCAACGUGAUCAGCCUGGACUGUCACAUCAGUCAGUAUGCCACCAUCUGUCAGCAGCUGCAGGCUGAGGUGGCCGCCCUGAGGGAGAAGCUCCAAGUAUAUGAGGCGAGAGCCGGGACCCCAUCGCAGGGCCUCCCGAAAUCCCCCAAAUCGGGCCCUUCCCAGCAACUGCUUCCCAGCUGCCCCUCACCAUCCCGCCUGCCCAGCCAGCCCUGCACCCUGGAGCUCCGCCCAGGGUCUGCCGUCCUUCAAGAGGAGAGCCUGGGGCUAGAGACCCAGGUCAGGAGGGCUGUGGAAGGGAACUCUCCAGACCAGGAGCUGCCCCAAGAAGACAAGGACAAAGGCCCAGUGGAGGAGGAGGUUCCAAUCCAGGUACCAGAGCAGACCCUCAGACACUCACUGCCAAGGUCCCCUGGUCUGAGCCUGCAGCCCAAGCCAGAUGUGGGCUGCCUCUCACCACAGAACUUGGACAGGGACCAUUCUAAGCAGUUGGCCCUGAAGGUGCUGUGCCUGGCACGGCGACAGUACUCCCUGCUCCAAGCGGCCAACCUGCUGAGCCCCGACAUGGUCGCAGAGUUUGAGACCCUGCAGCAGCUGGUGCAAGAGGGAAAAGCUGAACCGGGAGCAAAGGCCUCAGGCGCACCUGGCCCGGCCAGGGAGGCACCUCUGGAGCCGUGUUCCGAGUCAGAUUCUCCAGGCUAUUCUGGCCCCGUGACCCGGACCAUGGCAAGGCAACUGAGCGGCCUCAUGCACACCCUGGGGGUCCUACCGGGGCCCGACCGUACCCCAGCCCGGGCAUCCCGGCGGCCCACAGAGAAGAAGAGGAGGAGGAGACCAAGCCCGUCGGAGCCUGACAGCCCCCCAGCCCCGAAGCCGGGGACCAAGCGCCAGCGCCAGUCCUUCCUGCCCUGCCUGAGGAGGGGGUCCCUGCCUGAGGCUCAGCCCCCACUUGGGCCCACGCCCCCCAAAGGGGGAAAGGCCCCCUCCUCGUUCUGCCACUCCCCUCGCGUCUGCCCAGCCACAGUCAUCAAAAGCCGGGUGCCCCUGGGCCCCUCUGCUGUGCAGAACUGCUCCACCCCUCUGGCCCUGCCUGCUCGGGACCUCAACGCCACUUUUGAUCUCUCAGAGGAGGCCCCCUCGAAGCUGAGUUUCCAUGAAUGUGUUGGCUGGGAGAAUGCCCCCCAGGAGCUGAACAGGCUGGAUCAGCCCUUCAUCCCCAGUGGACCUGAGCCCCUGUUCACCAUGAAAGGCCCCAAACCAACAUCUUCCUUCCCUGGGACCUCAGCCCGCAAGAAGAGGCGAGCUGCCAGUUCCUCAGUCUCCCGCUCACUGGGAGUGGCCCGAGGCCGCAGCCGCAUCGCGCGCCUCCCCAGCAGCACCUUGAAGAGACCGGCUGGGCCCCUCGCGAUCCCAGAGCCCCCUUCCAGUCCCCGCUGCCCCGGCAACCAGCAGGAACUGAGGGGGAUUGGGAGAGCCCUGUCAUCUGGGAGCUGUGUCGCCAAGGCGUCCUGA